CACCAGAGAAAAAGGAAACAAAUGGUUGUUGAAGGCAGGCAGUUCAAGUUUGGGUUUGUUUACAUGUAAAGUAUAUGCGAGCCUUGGAGCUUUUUCAUAGUGGUUGCAAAGAAAGUGACAUAGAUUUGGCAUGGUGGGGAGUAGGUGUUUGCUUCAAAGGUUUCCUAAACAUGAUUGCUACAUGGGACUUACAAUUCACUCAAAGUUCUUACCAACCCAGACAUUUAACUAAAAUGUUCAACACUGCAUUUCUCAGUUCAUCACCCUUCACCCCCAAUGUGUAGAGAGGGAGAGAACUAGGCAGAGAUCAAAGAGAUUACCCAGAAUGGCGUGCUUUGAAAGGGCUUCGCCUGCGCUGAAGGAGAUCCUGCUCAAGUUGUACCGCACUGAGAAGCCUAUGGAGAUUGAUCACCACUUGUAUGAAUUUGGGUCAGUGGAAUACCAUGUCCAGUCUUCUGCAUCUGAUCCACAUGACACCUACUUGUCAAUAGCUACCCCACUACUGUCCCAAGGAGUUCUGCCCUCACAUGGCCUUUCACAUUACACCGUAGAGAUGAUAAAGGGAAUUUGUUCUGAUGUUUUGGAGAUUGUUGAACCUGCAAGAGAGGGAUAUCAGCUCACUCUAAGACUUGAUCUUGCUAAAAUUCCACAAGGCAAAGACGGUGCAAAGGUAAUAGCACAGAUUUCCUCAGUACAAGCUGUAAUCCUAAGCUCUCAGCUGAAAGAAAUGUUGCAGAAUGUCAAUUCACAGGACACAUCACAAGGGAUGUACAAACCAAUCAAACUUGUCUAUCAUCCACGAGAGCCUUUCUUUGUCAUCAGGCAGCCACAAAAGAUCACUGCAGUAUUUCCAAUGCGCUUCAGAGAAAAUUCAGAUGUGAUUAUUGCAACCGCCUUCUUUCAGGAACUCAUGGAUGUGGGAAGUUCAGAAGCAUGGGCUAAAGCACCUCCUUGCACCUGGUCACCCAUUCCUCCUCCUGAGUUGAGAGGAGAGCUUUUUGAAGAUUUGAGCACUAAUGGAGGAUUUGUCUCUUUUGAUAUUUUUUCACAUCAUGUUGAAGGUAAGCAGCUAGACAAGACAGUGUGGAGUCUCUUGAACUUUUAUGCCUAUGUGAAAUAUCAUGUAAAGUGUACCAGAGGUUUCAUACAAAGAAGGAUGAAAAACCGUUUGGAAAGUUUAGUUGAGGUUCUGCAGAAUGCAAGCAUGGAAGAAGAGGUGCAUAUUCAGAAGGUUGAAGGAUGUAGGUAUGUAAGGAAGCUGGUCAGUUUAUCAAGAUCAAAAGUUCUCAAUCGAAGAUGUCAUUUCACCAAGAAGAUCCGAUCUCCUAUUAAAAUCCAUGGAUUCAGUCGUUUUCGCCAACAGUGGUUGACCAUGCCAAAGUUUUCCCUGACAAAAUAUACCAAAUUAGAUUAAUUUCUAUUUCAUUAUCAAUAAUCAAAUAUAUCACCAUGUUGAUUAUUGUCAUAAGUUCACAAGUUUUUUUUUUCGUUUUUUUUUUUUUUGGGUAAAGCAAGUUAUAACUUAUCAAUCAGUCCAUCACUGGAUCUCCAUUGCUUCUUUUGUCACAAUAUUUAUGUUGAAGGGCAUAAAUUAAUAAUUUCAGGAAAUUUUCAAGAAAGUUUAACA